CUCGAAGUUUGGAGGCCCACACGCCCAGAGUAUCCCUCACAAUGAGCGGCCCAAUGCGCGCCAUCCACUCGCUCGCCGCGCCACCGGGUCCAACGCCGGCGAGGCCACCUCUCCGCCGCGGUGCGGCGGCGGCCUCUCCCCUCGGGAGGUCCACGGACCCGCAACCGUCGCCGCCUACGCCUCCGAGCCUCGCCUCCCGCCGCGCCGUGCUCCUCGCCCUCGUCCUGGCCGCGGCGCCGGCGCGCCCCGCCGCCGCCGCCUUCUCCCUCGGCAUCCCUGGGCCCAAGGAGCUGUUGCGGGAGCAGAAGAAGAAGUCGGCGUCCUUCCUCCUCGCGCCCAUCGCCGCAUCCCGCGACACCCUCCUCAAAGCCCAAGCUCUCCUCGCUUCCCCAACUGCGUCUGCCGAGGACGCCGAGGAGGUGAGGGGGCGGAUCGGUGCGGCGGGGAGGGACUGCGUUCCGCGGCAGAGGAACUCGAUCGUCGCGUUCCAGUCGAAGACUGGCGUUGAGGUCUGCACGUUCAGUUUGAUACUGAAGAAUGCUGCGUCGCUGCUUGCCAAUAAGGAUCCUCUCAAGGUUGAAGCUGAUACUAGGCUUGGGGAGCUCAUACAGUCAUUCUCCGACCUAGGAACUGUGGUGGAGAACAGUAAUUUUGAGCUCAUUGGUGACAGAGAGAAGAUGAAGGAUGGCUUGCUGAGCACUAUCUCUGCCCUUGACAAGUUUGAACAGAGUGUUAAAGACUGUCUAGGUGUUUAGACCUUUUUUUUUGCUGAGUUCCAUCAAAUUUUCUUAAGGCUUUAAAAAUGACUUAUUAUUUUUGUUUUCUUUAUAUUCCUGUGCUAAGGUUUCAUUUGCCUUUGGUCAUCAGGGGCUUUUGUUGUAGAACACACAUUGUGUAUUUGAUCUGUAUGUUACUUGUGGUAAAAAAAAUUGCCAGCAAAGGAAACGUGGAAUUAGAUAUAGGAAUUUAUUGUGUUGACGUAUGCAAUGGUAGCAAUAAGCCCAUAAGCAGGCACUAUAUCCAAA